GUGUGCCCGCCGCCGCCCCUCCCCCACUUCCGCCUCCCGCCUCUUCCUCGUUCCCGGCUCCCAGGGCCCGUCCGUCCUGGGGGAGACCCGGCGGCGCGGCCCCACCCCGGCUGGCGCGGCUCACUCCCACGUCCCCGCCGCCGCCUCGCGGGAGCCGGGAGACCGAGUCAGCGGGGGCGCCGGGCGCUGCAGAAGCUGACAUGGACCCAAAUCCUCGGGCAGCCCUGGAGCGCCAGCAGCUCCGCCUUCGGGAGCGACAGAAAUUCUUUGAGGACAUUUUACAGCCAGAGACAGAGUUUGUCUUCCCCCUGUCCCACCUGCAUCUUGAGUCACAGAGACCCCCCAUAGGUAGCAUCUCAUCCAUGGAAGUGAACGUGGACACACUGGAGCAAGUGGAACUUAUUGAUCUUGGGGAUCAGGAUGGUGCAGACGUGUUCUUGCCUUGUGAAGAUCCUCCUCCCACCCCCCAGACGUCUGGCGUAGACAACUAUCCAGAGGAGCUGAGCCUGCCAGUGCCCCUGUCAGACAGGACCACAUCCCGGACGUCCUCCUCAUCCUCUGACUCUUCCAUCAACCUGCACAGCCCAAACCCGAGUGACGGUGGAGCAGACACACCCUUGGCACAGUCUGAUGAGGAGGAUGAGGGGGGUGAUGGAGGGGCAGAGCGCAAGACCUGUAGCUAACAGUGGGCCCCUUCUUACAGACUGACUGGGUGGAGCUGGCCAUUCUAGACCCUAGGCUCCUUGAGGAGACACCAGAGUCUUUACUUGUAGUAGGCACCAGAGGAAGGAAGGGAUGGUGGGAUGUUGUACCUCUCUGGGAAUUAACUCUCUCCUGCUUUAGAGCUAACCUUUUCCUACUAUAACUCUCCCACCAGUUUUUGGCUUACUUCUGAUGUAGGGCUUGCAAGCAAAGAGAUGGAAGAUGAGAUAGGACAAGAUACCACUGCUUUUCUUAGCACUCCUCUCUCCCCCAAACCAUCCGGCAGUCUUCUAAUAGACUCUCUUAAUGCAUUGUCUUUAAAUGGAGGCAAACUCCUUAGCCUUCCUGGUGAGAUGGUGCUCCAGCCAUCCUGACUCCUUAUACCCUUUUAGGAACAGGGCACGAUAUAAAUAAUAAACAAAUAAUAAUACACCAA